ACUAUUAAAGAGAGACCAACGGGUAGUUUUCCAUGCAGACAAACUGCCAGUAGAUUACAGCUCUGCCUUUAAGCACUUGAUCUCCUGGGAAGAAAAUUUGGACCUUCUCAGAGAGGGGAUAGAGAGAUUUCUUUGAACAGCUGCUGCCUCCCAUGGCUCAGAACAGAGUUCAGGAGUGGUAAGUUUUAAGUUUUAAAAUUAAGAUAUGUGUUUACAACAGUUCUGAUUUGGGAAGGAAAAGGGUUUUUAAUAAUAAAUCUUUCCUCCAGGCACUUGGGUUGUAUAGAUGAACUGAGCGUGCAGAGAUCCCCGAAUCCAUGUCAACUCAAGUCUGAACAGUAUGGAUGAAAAGACAGAGCAAGAAUUGUUUUCCAAAAGAGGAAGUAUUUGAUACUCUGAAGGCAGAUCCAGAAGAACUGUUUACAAAACUGGAGAAAAUUGGUAAGGGCUCUUUUGGUGAAGUUUUUAAAGGAAUUGACAAUCGGACUCAGAAAGUGGUUGCUAUAAAAAUCAUUGACCUAGAAGAAGCAGAAGAUGAAAUAGAAGACAUCCAACAGGAAAUCACAGUGCUGAGUCAGUGUGACAGUCCCUAUGUAACUAAAUAUUAUGGAUCCUAUUUAAAGGGACCUUUUGGCCAGCUUGCAUAAGGACUUGUGUUUAGAAGAGAACCUUUGGGCUCAUCUGUAUCUCCCUCCCCUCAAAGGGAUGGCAGCCCGAGGACAGCUAGCAUUCAUCCUGACGCCAAGAGACUUCAGAGGAGGUAAGCGCCUCAGAAAUGCUCCCAGACAAAAUGCACUCAUCAGUCCUGCACCCCAGUGUGGUAAUAUUCUUCAGUGCAGCAUUACCAUCUCCUAAAAGUUUUUGUUCUUACUCCUUCAUGAAAAUCUUUUGAGAGCUCUGUAAGGCCUUAUCAGCUGGUUGCAGUCCUCAUGGAGAUUUGCAUCUCUGUCAGUAACGCUUGUACUUUUGCUUAAGAAUGUGCCCUUAGUGUGAAGUGAAAGGUGCUAGCUACACUUCCUGAUGCUCAGACAUAUGCUACCCUCCAUCCCUUGGUUUGUCUUUCAUAUUUUGGAUGAGACUUAAAACUUGAGCUUUUCUCAAUUCAUUUUUCUUUAAGAUCAAGGGGGAAAAAACUCUUCACAGUUUUGAAGUUCCCUUUUUUUUUUUUAUUAAUUAUUUUUAAAGCUAAUUUCUGCCCAAUUCUUUGUUUAGGUUUUUAGAGAGUGUUGUCCCAGGAAAUGCAUUUAAUUCUGCUGGAGGGAAAUAUGUCUUCAGGAAUCUUUUUUUCCUGCCAGAGAUGCUGUCUAGAUGCAGCACUGCUGUUUGUAUCUCCUAAAUGCCUAUAGAAUAAUUAGUUAGUAGAAAGAUAAAUUAAGAACAGAUAGUUGUUUGCCAUGGAAACAGAAAUGAAAAAACAAUAAUCCCACAUUUACUUAUUUAUAAAAACAGACCUCUGAGGGGUUAUUUCUGGUUCUCCCCAACCUCCUUUCAGGUCAUUCAUAGGAAAGUUGAGCUAUGGAUCUUCUUUUUCUUGUUCUUAUUCCAGUAAACAUUAUGUAAAACCCACGAAGAACGUAUCUGAAAAGAAAGAAAGAAUUUUCAUGCCUUUUUUUUUUUUCCACUUAUGAGAAUAUUUGAAAGUAGACCAGUAGUAAAUAUUAAUUAUGUUUGCUGAGCAGAUUUUUUUCUAGGGGUAUAGAUUUGGAGAGGACUCAGUUGGCAGUGAGUGCUCUCAGACCACAUAAGGUAUAUCUGCUCCUAAGUCCUGUGUGAUUGCAGAUACCCUGAGUAACAACUUUCACCUUAUUUUUCCUUUUAUGCUAAUUUUAAUGCUUUUUUUUUUUUUUUUUUGCUAUUAGUUUGACUUUAUAAAACCUAGGCAAAAGCUUUCUAACUACUUGAAUGACCACCAUCUAGCUAGUGUUCUUAUUAGGCUCUGCUGUAUGAAAGUAAAGCUCCUGCAGAUUAGACCUUAAAUAUGUUAAGGGUAUCAUAUAAAAUAAUAUAUCACUUUCUUCCAAAGUUAGUUAUGUUCAGAUUUACCUAUGCAUGUUAUGAUCAACUUGUAGCUCCUCCUGGCUUAAAAUUUUUUAAAAGUUCUGCUAAUGCUGAUAGGUUAAAUUAGCUUGAUUUUUGUUUGUUGAACAAUAUUAUUGCUGUUUUUUUUUGUUGCUAUUAUUGUUUUCUUUCAUUGCUGUUUCUUAUUUUUCUUUUCCAAAUGCUGAGAUUUCUGUGACAGUAAUUAGCUGCUAUGGUUCUGUAUGUACAUAUCGAAUGUACAGUGCAAUUCAACUGUAGCAAUUUUGAUUUAUUUCAUAAUAUGUAGUCUUUCCACAAUGCAUUAUUUCUAUAUCCCUUCAUGUGGUACUGAAAAAGGCAAAAGAGUUUUCAAAUUAAAAAAUAAUAAAAUUAAAUGAAUGAGUUUUUCACAAAACUGGAAAUCUUUUUUGGGGGGAAUUAUUCUACCACUUCCUUUUAUCUCUGCAAGAUAUUACCACAUAAUCCCCAAUAAGAACAGCACAUGAAGCUGAUGUAAAGCUUAGCAAGCUACUUCUGUUCCUGUGGAACAAACUAAAGAUGAUCGCAAGUGUAUUUUACCUUUACUGAUGAGUUGCUAUCUCCUGGGAGUAUAUCAUAAGGAAACAAAAGCAGUUUUUAUUUCUUCCAUUUGAGUAUCCUUCUAGUGUCAGUGACAGAAUUCAUUUUGUU